CGUGGCAGCGCCUGCCCGAAGGAGGGCGGCGGCGCGGGGCUAGGACCCGGGCUGGCAGAGGCGGCGACGGGGCCACCAGAGAGUGUGCGGCGGGGCAGCUGAGCGGCGGGCGCCCCGCCUUGCUGGCCGGUGGGGAUGCGGGACCGGCUGCCUGACCUCACGGCGUGUAGGAAAAAUGAUGAUGGAGACACUGCUGUCGUCAUUGUUGAAAAGGACCAUUUUAUGGAUGAUUUCUUCCAUCAGGUGGAGGAGAUUCGAAGCAACAUAGCCAGAAUUGCUCAGUAUGUGGAAGACGUGAAAAAGAACCACAGCAUCAUCCUUUCUGCCCCAAACCCAGAAGGAAAAAUAAAAGACGAGCUGGAAGACCUGAACAAAGAGAUCAAGAAAACUGCCAACAGGAUUCGAGGCCGGCUGAAGUCUAUUGAGCAGAGUUGCGAUCAGGAUGAGAGCGGGAACCGGACGUCUGUGGAUCUGCGGAUACGAAGGACCCAGCACUCGGUGCUAUCACGGAAGUUUGUGGACGUCAUGACAGAGUACAACGAAGCACAGAUCCUGUUUCGGGAGCGCAGCAAAGGCCGCAUCCAGCGCCAGCUAGAGAUCACUGGGAGGACCACCACUGACGAUGAGCUGGAGGAGAUGCUGGAGAGCGGGAAGCCUUCCAUCUUCAUCUCAGAUAUUAUAUCAGAUUCACAAAUUACUAGGCAAGCCCUCAACGAGAUCGAGUCACGCCACAAAGACAUCAUGAAGCUAGAGACCAGCAUCCGAGAGCUGCACGAGAUGUUCAUGGAUAUGGCCAUGUUUGUGGAGACUCAGGGUGAAAUGGUCAACAACAUCGAGAGAAACGUGAUGAAUGCUGCAGACUACGUCGAACACGCUAAGGAGGAAACCAAGAAGGCCAUCAAGUACCAGAGCAAAGCCAGGCGGACAGUGCGAAUGAAGACUCUUCAUCCUGGGCCCAAUUGCUCUUCAUGGCUUGCUUGCAGAAUCAUCACAGCACUGUUUUGUAAGGUAUCUGUAAUUUUAAAUAUCUAUAAGUUAAAUUCCUUAAUAUAUUAACGUCGAAACCCCCCUUUUCUAAGCUAGACACUGCCUUGUGAAGGACAAUGGGCCAGCCCUAGGCAGCCAUGUAACAGUUUGCUACUGUCACUGAAAACAUGGCCUCACAGCCCCUCAGGGCCCUUCUUCAGUGCCUUUGGUGACUCUGACCUCGGAAGCGUAAGGGUCUUAAAAGUCUUGUCAGUAGCCUGUUUCUACCUGCUUCAUCAUGGACGAGGUGACAAGUGGUCACGUGCCGCGCUCACGUUGCGCUCCUCCUUGUCCACUCGUGACAGUGGAGUCUCAAGGUGAGGCGACAGUGGAACCAAGACAUGGUGCACACCAAAGUCACGGGAAUGGUUCCAGGCACAGAGCCGUUCUUGGACAGCAUCUGAGGGCCCAGAUUCUCAGCUGAACACCCUCUAAUGCCCAGAGUUCCUAGGAUGUUGUGACGUGAGGUAUAAAGAUGCGGGCUGUUGGACACCUGUGAAUUGGUGGCCCAGUGACUGCUUAUCUGUUGAGACCGAGUAUGAGAAGCACACCAAGCCUAGUGAACCCUGCCAACUGCUGACUGUGGGUGUGGCUGCUCACCCUAUCCCAGCCUCAUGUGGUCGGGUCUGAUGUAGCUGUGCUGAGUCCGCACACCAAGUGUGAGAGAUGCUGAACAACCUAGAAAUCACCAUCCUUAGAGUGGAUCAACCUCACACACCCCAAGCCUGACACGCAUGUGCUGAGAGCUACUGCAGGAGGCGGGGCUGUGUGUCCUGGUGCAGAGCUGGC